CAAGCCCUUUGGUUGGACAGCGAGGAACCGACAGCGUACAGUGUGCUUUCCUUUGCAUUACUAGACAGCUCAACACACACAGCCCAGUCUGCCUCCUGUUGGUAAGUGCUGUGUGCGUUGUGUUGAAGCCUGUGUGACCCCAGCUGUCUCUGUUAACUCUAUCAGCAGCAUCAUACUGGAUUCUCCAGCCCCCGCCGAGCCCCAGCUCUUUAGCUGUACAGUGCAUUAGUCUCACUCCCCACGGCUCUCAGGUUGUGUCGGCCGGGUCAUUCGCCCAUUUGCACUUUGACCAGCAUGCCUGAUGCCUGACUCCAGAUAGAGGUGCAUACCAUCUGUUAUUACCACAGGGAAUUGGUCUGGGAUGGAGGUUGGCCAGUGAAUUACAGUGCAGGACAUUACUCAGUACCACUGCUACGUGGUUUUACACAGAUACUCCCUACAUCCAACACAUGGCUGUAACCAGCCUUCCCUGGCACCAGCAGAAACCCAAGGCCAUCUCUGAUUGCACUUGGCCAUCCCUCUCCCCUUCCCUCCCUCUUGUUCCAGUCUUGCCGCUCCCCAUCUCCCAGUGGUGGCAUUGGGGCUCCCAGGAUGCGGCUGCUCAGCGCUUUCUUGCUCCUCCUGCUCCUCAGGUCCACUGAGCCCAGGAAGGGUGGACGGAACAGAGAAAGGGGCAGGGCCCGGGGUAAAGGCAGGGCCAAUGUUGUCAAACGCCAAACCUCUGAAUGCAAGGAAUACAUGGAGGCCGGAGAGAAAUACCUGGACUGUCAGGACCGCCAGCUGACCGGGGUGCAACAGCACUGGCCUGAAGACAUCCACCACCUCCUGCUGGCCCGCAACAAGAUCCAGGUGCUCAGAGACAACACCUUCUCCCAGUUCAAGAACCUAAAGAGUCUGGAUCUACAACAGAAUGAGCUCUACAUGGUGGAGGAGGAGGCGUUCGCAGGGCUGGGACAGCUCACUACUCUGCUUCUUCAGCACAACCAGAUGAAGACUGCUUCUGAGGAGCAUCUGCUGCCCUUGCCAAACCUCCGCUACCUGCGUCUCUAUGACAACCCCUGGGACUGCCGGUGCUCGCUGGAUAGUCUGGUCAGGACACUGCAGGUGCCCAGCAACCGUAACCUUGGGAACUACGCAAAGUGUUCGGAGCCGGACGCGCUGAGAGGUCAGAAGCUGAAGAAGAUGAGGCCAGAGCUGCUGUGUGCUGAGGAUGGGGAGGGCCAUCUGCCAGGGCAGAAACCUCAGGAGGGGCAGGGUAGUCUGCCCAAACCACCUCCCAUCAAGAAGUACCCUGAUGCCAACUCCUUGUGCCACACCUACAUGUUCCCCAAACCCAUGCUGGACUGCAAGAGCAAAGAACUGAAGAACAUCCCCUCAAGUCUCCCGUCAGACAUUGUGAGGAUGGACUUGUCCAGUAACAGCAUCACUCAGCUCCGGCCCAAGGAGUUUGUUGCUGUCAGGGACCUGAAGCUUCUCAACCUCAGCAGUAACAGUCUGGAUCAGAUCGACACAGCUGCGUUUGCGGGCCUCCUGUACCUGCGAGAGCUGGACCUGUCCAACAACAGCCUGCACUACUUCCAGUACGGAGUGUUGGAGGACCUGUACUUCCUCAGGAUGCUGAAUCUGGGGGAUAACCCCUGGGUCUGUGACUACAACAUCCACUACCUGAUCUACUGGCUGAAGCAUCAAACGGGGGUGGCCUACUCUGGCCUAAUCUGCACCGAGCCUCAGGAGUUCAGGGGCUGGCAUAUGCCGUGGAGAAUUAUGUCAAGACCUACAGACGGAGAGUGUCCCAAGGAUAAGGAUCCACAGCCAGGGAAGGGUGAUACAGGACAGGGACAGACGGCUCAGGAGCUAGUGGCCGAGACAGAGGAGGCGGAGAUGGUUCCUUCUGCCGAAGCCUCUGAGAGACCCCAGACCAAAGAAAUAUGA